CACACACACACACACACACAUGUCAGCACGCCUCGAUGUUCAACACUCACGUCAGCAGACAUCGAUGUACAACACACACACACGUCAGCACGCCUCGAUGUAGAACACACACACACACACACACACGUUAGCACACCUCGAUGUUUAACACUCACGUCAGCACACCUCGAUGUACAACACAAGCACACACACACACACACACGUCAGCACACCUCAAUGUACAACACACGCACACGUCAGCACACUUCGAUGUACAACACAAACACACACACACACACACACGUCAGCACUCCUCAUAUUACAACACACACACACGUCAGCCCCCCGAUGUACAGCACACACACGCGUCAGCACACCUCAAUGUGCAACGCACUGACGUCAGCACACCUCAACGUAUAGCACAGACGUCAGCAGACCUCGAGGAACAACACAAUGUAGCAUACCUCGGUGAACAACACACUCACCGAAGUACACAUCGAUGAACGACACAUUCACAUUGGUACACCUCGACGUACAACACACACGUCAGCACACCCCGACGUACAACACACUCACGUUAGCAUCCCUAUGAGUUACAACAAUGUCAUGAUCAUGACACUGUGUGAAGGCACCACAAGAUCCUCACCGGAAGGGUUAUGCUGAUCCAGCUUACUUCCGGAAUGCAAGCUUCCAGCAGAACAUAGUUUCUAUAUAUUCUGCCAACAGAGAUGGAUACGGACGAACCCCGGGGAGAGAAAUCAUGAUGGAUCUUAGAGCCGAUGCCUGGCCACACUGGAUGGACACAUCUCAACACAAAGGCCACUUCCCUAACAACGUGGAUGCCGCUGCUGAUAUGGCUGCCAUGUUGCUAAAGGCCGUCCAUGAUGGAACCAAGGUUGACACACCGCCAUACUUUGAACCAAUCAGCGAAGUCGACGGUAUGUGGAAAUACAACGUUAACUGGACACAGAUUACUGACUACCACAAAGCCGCCAAUGCAAAGGUCAAGGCUACUCUACCACACGUUAAAGUUGGAGGUCCGGCAUAUUCCGGUGCCAUUGGUCAGCUGGACAAACACGACUUUAAGGUUUGGGAAAAUAUCAAGGAGUUUUUGGACAUGGCGGUCAAACACCUUGACUUCAUUUCCUUUCACCCUUUCAGCCAUAUGCACAUCACAGGAGAAUCCUACUACUUCUCAGGUUCGAAUGAAGCCCGCUUUGUUGGGAUAAUAGAUCUAAUUGAAAGUUAUGCCCAUUCGAAAACAGGUAAAGAUAUUCCCAUCAUCUGUUCAGCCUUUGGUUUGGGGUCUAUCAUAGGUGUGAAUAUGCAGAAGCCUAACCCACUGAUGCAGAAAUGUUUACCAUGCUGAAUCAUCGUGGAGUGGUCGACAGAGCUGUGGCGUUCUUGCUUGGACAAAGAGAAAGUUUUGGGCAAGCCAGCAUUGAUUACAGUCUCUUGGACACCAACAACCACGAGAGAAAAACAGCCGAGGCGUAUCACUUCUGGCAGGUGCUUUCAAAUCGCAUGACGUAUCUGCGAACAGACAGUCAAUUCCAUGGAGCUGAGAGACUCGUGGCAUCGCAUGCUUUAGUGGAUCCAACUUCAAAGAGGGUUGUACUUCUUCUGCAUAACUUUGACACGCACCCGACCCAGGUCAAGGUCAAGUUUGAUCACGGAUGGAUGAAUCCGUCUACGGCAGUGAUGUCCUGUGUCCACUUGAACUCCCACAAGGUUACAAUACGGGACAAGGAAUCAAACGUCCACCUCAACAACAGAGUCGUCAGCCUGCCGACUGAGGCAAGCUGCUAUCUUAAAUUCCAAACUGCCUUCAACUUUGCUCACAGCAAGACGAUCACGGAAACUGUCCACUACGGACAAGAUGUUGCUAAACCAAUACAGAACAACGUUGUCACCACCAGCAUCAAUCUUGGCCAUAUGAGCAAUAUCCAGUACGCGUAUCUGCGAGUCUGCAUUAGCCUCGGUGACAAGACCGGCAAUCCAAAACCAACAUCGGUGCAGCUUAACGGCAAUUCCCUCAACUCAUUUUAUUUCCUACAUCGGCAAAACAACGGUAAAUACGAGACAAUAUGUAUGACGAUGCAAUAUCUAGUUCCAGUCUCGUUCCUGAAGCAGAACCAGAACGUGGCCAAGUACCACUUUGCCCAAUCGGGAAGGGCGGAUGUCAAGUGUUGCUCUUGUUGUCGGAACUCUCUGAUCAGACAGUCUGUAUCUUUAAGUUCGCGUACAUACAGAAUACAAUGCACAGUACAAUGUUUGUUAUAGUAUUAUGAUAGUACGGGUGACCAAGACGUCAAAGGUGUUGCAAUUCGCCAUGCAGAGUUGCUUCCAUUAGGCUAACAAUUAACCUUUGAUCGUGGAAGAAUUCCAGAUUCACCCUGAUUAUGUUUCAUAAAGCUAACGCGUGAUAAUACUUUAUAAUGCUUUGUGAUAAGUAUAGAUUUCUUAAUAGGCUUUAACAUGUGCUGAUUCAAGGAGCGGGUUAACCCCAAACGAGGUCUUUGCUAUGGUUAACAUCACUGACAUGUCUACCCAUAAAUCAGACAACUUCCAUGGUCAAGUGGCAGAGCGUCCGCCUGGAGAGCGGAAGGUCCGGGGUUUAAUAC